AUGUCAAGCUCUGAAAAAAUUCCUAAACUUUCUACAAAAAAUUAUUCAACUCAAGUGCUGAUAACUUCACGGUCAAGCAAUCCUUUCGUAGAGGUGAAUGCUUCAGAGAAUGAACCACAACGCAUCGCGCGUAUAAAGAAAUUAUUCGAGGAAUUUGACCGUGAAAAGUCUGGUGUUUUAACUCGCAAAGCCAUUCAAAAUGGCCUAAAAAGAUUAAAAAAUCAUCCGGCCCAAAAAAAAUAUGCCUCAGAGCUUUUGUUAAAAUGUGACACGUCAGAAGAUGGUCUAGUGGAUUUUCAAGAAUUUAAAAGUUUCGUGGAAGAGAAAGAAAAAGAGUUGUUGAAAGUUUUUUUAGAUAUUGACAAAUCGCAUGAUAUGAGAUUGCAACCUGAAGAAUUGGAAAACGCGUUAAAAAAAGCAGGUAUCAAUUGCACAAAAGUAGAAUUAAAAAACUUUAUUGAUACUAUGGAUAAAGAUGGUAAUGGGGUCAUAGAUUUUUCCGAAUGGAGAGAUUUUUUGUUGUUUCUUCCUCGAAAGACAACGAUGUCUGAAAUAUACGAAUACUAUCAAGUGGUCACUCAAGUCAAUAUUGACGGUGAAGUGACAAUACCGCCAACUGAUCCAAAGUAUUUUCUUGCCGGUGCGAUUGCAGGUGCAGUUAGUCGGACAGUUACUGCGCCACUUGACCGGCUUAAGGUUUACCUACAAACGCAAACAAAAGAACUGACCCGAGGAAGCGAGAUUCUGUUAGGUUCGAAAGGCUUUAGCAAUCUUACUAAUGCAGUAAGAGCACUAUAUGCCGAUGGUUUAUUAAACUUUUUUAGAGGCAAUGGGAUAAAUGUUGCAAAAAUUGCUCCUGAAUGUGCGAUCAAAUUUUUUGCUUACGAAAAGUCUAAAACAAUAAUUGCAUAUUUAAUGGACAAACAAGAUAUUGGAUCAAUAGGAAUGACUGGCAGGUUUCUCUCGGGUGGUCUUGGUGGUGUUGUAUCCCAAUUUUCCAUAUAUCCCUUGGAAACUUGGAAGACUCGCGUUAUGAGCUCGAAAUAUUCAAAUUCCAAUGGGAGUCUUUUAAUAAAUACGGCAAAAGAGAUGUGGAGAGCGCAAGGUUUUCGAUCCUUUUACAAAGGACUAAUUCCCUCGUUGUUAGGGAUGUUUCCCUAUGCUGCUAUAGACAUGAGUGUAUAUGAAACUUUAAAAUUAACUUUUAUCAAACGAGAAAGGUCAAAAACAUCAGGAAAAGAACCAGAGCAGCCAAGUGCUUGGGUUUCAUUAGUUUGUGGUAUGAUUUCGGGAUCUAUUGGUGCGACGGCUGUUUAUCCUUUAUCAUUGGUUAGAACCCGUUUACAGGCACAAGGUACUCUGGGUCAUCCUCAAACUUAUACCGGUGCAUUGGAUGUAAUUCGCCAGACUUAUGCCAAAGAAAAAAUAAAAGGAUUCUAUAAAGGGUUAACUCCCGCGUUAACUAAG